AUGUCUCUGCCGUCCUGUCGGACCAAAGUUGCCCUGUUCGAGGGCUGCCGGCCCAGCCUCUCGACCCCGCAACAAAUCGCCGCGACUCAGGAUUUCUUGUCGUCGGCGUGUUCAACAUCCUGCAUCUACUGUGAUAUCUGGAAGUUGGCCACUCUGAUCGCCUCUCAUGUGCCGUUGUCUGCACGAUACGACCUGUACACCGGUACGCCGGUCAACUCACCCAACUCAUCGGCGCCAUCCAGCCCGGCAACUUCCUCACCCAUCUCCCGGUCAAGAUCACGAUCGAUAUCCUAUCAUCAGCUCAUUUCCGCAUCCAAGAAGAUCGAGGCACAGUUCCAAGCUCAGCGAUCCAGACUCAAUUCCAUCCUUAGCAUCUGUAUCGUCUCUGGCGCCGACCAGACCGAGGGGUUGAGAAUGGCCCACGAUCGAUGCUCUGACGCGGUGGAAGACCUGCUCGACCAGGAGGAGGAUUUGGAGGAAUGUCUGCUCAGGGACCUCCUAGAGUCUCAGGAGGACACCUAUGAUUCGGAUUCGGAUUACGAUUACACCCAGUUUGGCUAUGCAGUCCCGCCCGACUACUAUCAGCAGGAGCGACGACCGAGUCUGAUCGAUGUUACACACUGA